AUGCAAGCGGCUCCUCGUUUGAUCCGAGCAGGAUCACGUUUCGGCGUUCGUCAUGCGCGUCCCAUGAUGGCUACUCAGAUUCGUCUCAACAGUACAUCGGCAGCACCCAAAAAGUCGUUUUCGAAAUGGGCAAUGACGAAGGCUAUUGUAAAGUAUGGUUUGGUUGGUAGCGUUGCUUAUGGUAUUUAUGCCAUGUAUGAACAACGUCAUCCUGAACCACAACAAGAAUUGGAUCCUUCGAAAAAGACGAUUGUGGUCUUGGGCAGUGGAUGGGCUUCAACCUCGUUCCUCAAGGCUAUCGACACGACCCAUUACAACGUCGUGGUUGUGUCUCCCCGCAACUACUUUUUGUUCACCCCGCUGUUACCCAGUUGCACUGUUGGCACCAUCGAUGUGCGAUCCCUGGUUGAACCCGUACGUUUCAUUACUCGUCACAAGGCAAGAGAAGUCAAGGUCUAUGAAGCUGAAUGUACCAAUGUGGAUCCCGAGCGAAAGAUGCUUACUAUCAAGGAUAGCUCAGAGGUCAAGGGUGCAUCGGCCGAAAGUGAGAUUCCUUACGACUACCUUGUCGUUGGCAUUGGUGCCCAAAAUGCUACCUUUGGCAUUAAGGGCGUGGAGGAAUAUGGUUGUUUCUUGAAGGAAGUGUGGGAUGCUCAAAAGAUUCGUUCCAAAUUGAUGGAUUGUAUUGAAACCGCCGCCUUCCCUGGUCAAUCUCCUGAAGAAGUGGAUCGUUUAUUACACAUGGUUGUUGUCGGUGGUGGUCCUACCGGUGUUGAAUAUGCUGCCGAAUUGCACGACUUUUUGGUGGAUGAUUUGUCUUCAUGGUAUCCUGAACUUGCCGGCAAGAUUAAGAUUACUCUCGUCGAGGCACUUCCCAAUGUAUUGCCAGCUUUCUCCAAGCAAUUGAUUGAUUACACAGAGUCCACAUUCAAGGAGCAAAACAUCUCAUUGCACACCAAGACCAUGGUCAAGGAAGUACAUGAAAAGGACAUUGUUGUCAAGCGCCCUGAUGGUAGCCUUGAUACGAUCCCUUACGGCUUGUUGGUGUGGGCUACUGGCAACACAGCUCGUCCCCUUGUACGGAAUUUGAUGGCCAAGUAUCCCGAAGUGCAAAACAUUCGUCGUGGUUUGGCCGUGGAUGAUUGGUUACGCAUGAAGGGUCCUGAAGACAUUUUUGCUUUGGGUGAUGCUAGUGCAACUCACUAUGCCCCUACUGCUCAAGUGGCUGCUCAACAGGGCAAAUACCUUGCACGUGUGUUCUCCAUGCUCGCAAAUCAAGAAGUGUUGGAACAAGAAAUCAAGGAAGCUGCUACUCCUGAGGAACGUGCAAAGAAGGAACGUAAGCUUGCCAAGGCCAAGGAUAUCAAGCCUUUCGAAUACACUCAUCAAGGAUCUUUAUGUUACAUUGGCUCUGAUAAGGCCAUUGCUGAUUUGCCUUUUGGCCCUGGUAAUGUCGCUUCUGGCGGUGUUGCCACCUAUGCUUUCUGGCGCUCUGCAUACAUCUCCAACCUUUUCUCCUCCCGUAAUCGUACACUUGUCAUUACCGAUUGGUUGAAAAAGACCAUCCUUGGUCGUGACAUUUCUAGAGAGUAG